UGGCGCUGGUGGGGGCUGCACGCGCCCACGGCUCGCCCUCUCUCGCGUUAAAUCACACGGUAGGACAGGGGAGCGGACGGAGACUGGCAGCGACAGCACACGGGGCAAAGUGAAAGAGGAUAUAAAAGUGUUGAAGAGGUCCCCACCUGGGAGCAGAAGUGCCGCCUAAACAACCUUUAUCUGCUAGGAUCUGCCAAAGGACGAGUUGGACACACUCUCAUGUCCUCAAACACAAACUGCUAAAUCCAAGGAGCUAAAAAAAAGAAGAAGCCAACCGCUGGCUCCAGCAAGUGGACAGAUUUUAAAGUAAAAACACGGCUGGACAGGGGAGGGUUGUAUGGGUGCCAAAUCCCCAUCCAAGACUCACCGCAUCUCCUCGAUCUACGGCCUCCCUCCUCUUCCUCCCUCCUCUUCCUCCCUCCUCUUCCUCCCUCCAUUGCCUCCUCCGCCUCAGCUCUUCUCUCAUUCCACCUCGUUCUCUCUCAUGGGAGUGACAUAGAGGCCGUCGCUUGGUCUGCUGCCCCGCCCCUUCCCCGCCUCGCCGUGGAAACGGGGGGGUCCAGGUAGUAAUGUCGUGGAAGAGGAACUACUUUGCGUCGGGUGGCGGUGGCGGAGCAGUAGGAGGGGUGCAGGGGCUGGUGACCCCGAGAACCAUGACCUCUAUUGCACCCAGCAAAGGCCUGAGCAACGAACCGGGACAGAACAGCUGCUUCCUCAACAGCGCUCUGCAGGUUCUGUGGCAUCUCGACAUCUUCCGCAGAAGCUUCCGACAGCUGACCACACACAAGUGCAUGGAGGACUCGUGUAUCUUUUGUGCUUUAAAGAGUAUCUUUGCUCAGUUCCAGUUCAGCAGUGAGCGUGUACUCCCAUCAGAUGCACUGCGGAGCGCUCUGGCCAAGACUUUCCAAGACGAACAACGCUUUCAGCUGGGCAUCAUGGACGACGCUGCCGAGUGCUUUGAGAAUCUCCUGAUGCGUAUCCACUUCCACAUCAGUGCAGAGAGCAGAGAGGACAUCUGCACAGCCAAACACUGUAUACCACACCAGAAGUUUGCCAUGACUCUGUUCGAACAGUGUGUGUGUAACAGCUGUGGAGCCACAUCGGACCCCUUGCCCUUCAUUCAGAUGGUUCAUUACAUCUCCACUACAUCCCUCUGCAACCAGGCGGUGAGGAUGCUGGAGUGCAGAGAGAAAGCUACACCGGACAUGUUCGGAGAGCUGCUCCGCAACGCCAGCAACAUGGGAGACCUGCGCAACUGCCCUAGUAACUGUGGGGAGGUGCUGCGUAUCCGCCGGGUGCUGAUGAACUCUCCGGAGAUCGUGUCCAUCGGCCUGGUGUGGGACUCGGACCACUCUGACCUGGCGGAGGACGUCAUACACAGCCUGGGAACCUGCCUGCGUCUGGGAGAUUUGUUCUACCGUGUGACAGAGGAGAGGGCUCGCCAGGCGGAGCUCUACUUGGUGGGCAUGGUGUGCUACUACGGCAAGCACUACUCCACCUUUUUCUUCCAGACCAAGAUACGCAAGUGGAUGUACUUCGACGACGCCCAAGUCAAAGAGAUCGGCCCUAAGUGGAAGGACGUGGUGUCUCGCUGUAUCAAAGGCCACUAUCAGCCCCUGCUGCUGCUCUACGCUGACCCCCGUGGGACGCCGGUGAUACUGCAGGAGAGCUCCAACCCCUGUACCAGCUCCAACCCACAGCUGGAGCUCCAGCACUGCAGCAGCAAGGCCGGUUACGACAGCGAAGACUCUGGUCGGGAGCCGUCUAUAUCCAGCGACACUCGUACUGACUCUUCCACUGACAGCUCGAGUCACCGCGCCACCCGCAGCCGAUCCCUCCACCAGUCCACGGGAAGCCACCUCUCCAGCGAGUCCCAGACCACGGUGGUGUGUAAUUACGACAUCGGCACACCGCAGCACGGUGCCGACGCUGGAGAGUCAGCAGUGGAGGGUCCUCCCCGCCCUUCCUCUCCUCCUCUGCAGGAGUACAAGGAGACGGCCGUCUUCCUCCUCUCCUCCCGCCGGCCACUCACCUCCUCCUCCUCCUCGUCUCGUCCCCUGUCCUCCUCCUCUUCGUCAGGAGUUGGGGGCUGUGAGGGCGGGGUUGGGGGCCCCCACUGGGAGGAUGAAAGCACCAGCAGUGAGAGCAAGUCCAGUUCUUCUGGAGGCCGCUACAGGCCGACCUGGAGGCCCAGGAGAGAGGCCCUGAACAUCGACAGCAUCUUCACCCGACCGAGAGGCCCCUCUCUGGGCUACAACACCCUGCCUGGUCCCUCUCGGCCUCCGGAGCCGCACGACGUCUUUCCCUUGGCAGGCCCUGCUCCCCCCACACCGCCAGGACUGCAGGAGGCUGAAGGGAGGGAGGUUGGGGAGUGUGAGGCAGGGUUUGGGCUGGUCGGACAGCCCAGGUCUCUGGGCGGCGGGCGGACAAUGGGUCCUCCUCCCCCUCCGCCUCUGAGAGGGGUGGAACACCAACCGCGUCUGAUCCAGAGGAUGGAGAGUGGCUACGAGAGCAGUGAAAGAAACAGCAGCAGCCCCGAUAGGGAGGUGGGGCAACAGAAACGGGUACUGAUGUCAGGACCUUCUUGGCGUUCGGUGCCAAAGUCAAAGAGCAGCAGUGCCAUCCUGCAGGAGCUGCCCUCACCCAGCUGGGUCGGCGGCACCAACACAGGCGGCCGAGGGCGCAGUGAGCUGGACGAGCUGCAGGAGGAGGUGGCGAGGAGAGCCCGCCAACAGGAGCAGCUGAAGCGAAGGGAGGCGGAGCGAGAGAAGGCCAUGGGAUUUAACCCCAAACCCAGCAAAUUCAUGGACCUGGACCAGCUCCAACACCAGGCUGUGCUCAGACCCCUGCAUGAGGCUAACGCUCAUAGCGGAUUGGCUGUAGCUGCGUGCAUGAGGAGCACUGGGGGCCCAAUCAAACGCAGGCAGGAACAGGAAAUGGAACGGGAGACAGGAAGCGCCCGCCCACAGGGGCCUCGCAGUGGACAGCCUGGCCCGGUCCAAGUACUGCUGACGCCCAAUCAGGAGGAGGAAGAGGACCAGGCAACGCCCAACCAGGACGCUGCUCUGGGCCCGGGCCCGCCCCCUCCACCCUAUCGGCACGCUCCCCCUCGACCCGCGCUCACCCUCAGCAUCCCUCACCCUUGCGCCCCUUCCAGCCGAGGGGAGGAAGAGGAGGAGGAGGAGGAGGAGGAGGAGGAGUGUGGAUGCAUGGGGAGGAGAGGGGAGGAAGGCGAGGAUGGGAGGGAGGGGACGGGGGUGAGGCUGUGCGAGUUGCUGCAGGCAGGGGGGGUGAGUGUCAGACCCCUGGGGAAGCACUUAGCUAUCUCUCUGCCCUCGCUUCCUCUGCAUCUCUGGGAUACACACACCAUACACACUGCACACUCCACACACCAUGAACACACACACUCACGUCCUCCUCCUCCGUCCUAUACUCCUGCACCAUCUUCCCCUCUGGAAGGCUCCGAGCAAAGGAAACCUCCCUGGCAGCCCCCCCAGCUUCAGUCCCCCACCGGUGCGGCUCAUUGGCCGGGGCAAGAAGCCGCGGCUGACAGCGCCACACGUCAUUGGUCCUCCUGGAGUCUGGACCGCCCCGACGCCGUGGUGACUCCGUACGACACCCCCCCGGACCGCUGUGUCCCCAUCAGGCCGCAGACCACCAGCCAGCAACACAGCUACAGUUGCCAGUCCUCUCCAGGGCACUACAGCUCCCAGCAUGCCCCAGGGCAACAGAGUGAUCACCGCUGUGACCGCGAAGAGGCUGAGCUGUCUGAGCUUGACUCCCUUUACCAAGCCAGUCUGCAGGCUGGAAGGACAGGGUGCAGUCCAUCAGAGAGGCUGAUAUCAAGGGUGGGGGGGCAGGGGCGCUCCAAGACCCCCAACGCAGACAUGGAGAGGAGUGUGUAUGGGGCAGACAGCACCAGCACCCCCACCUACCUCAACAAGCCAAUGACGUUGCGGGAUCUGCGUUUGGGGGCGGGGCCUGAUGAUGGGGAGAACCUGAGACGAAUUGGACGGAGCCUGAGCGGCACGGUAGUGACCUCGCGCCGCGGCCGCCUGACUGCAACCCGCAGCUUUGAGCUAACAGGGAGUACAGGGAGUUUCUGGCUGUGUCUGACGGGGGUCAAGGUGUCUUCUGACCGGAGUCCCACUCUGCUUCACUAACGUCUCACAGUGUGGGGGGGGGGGGGGCAGCAGCCAUGACGGACCUAGAAUUGGCUCCGGAGGAUCUACUCCUAUUAUGUUCCUCCUUCUCCUCCCUUAAACAACAUGCACGCACACAUGCACAUCUGCAUUGACGUAGAGCCUCCCUCAGCGCCUGCAGCACCCCGCUUACCUCCCCCUACUCCCCCCCUCCCCUUUCUUGACCUACUAUUCUGUCUAUGCAGUCACUCUGACCCCCAAACUACAACCUCAACCUUCCCACCUACUUCCCGGGACUCUUGUUUCUCCCCCCAGAGAGGUUUCUCUGUGCGAGCGUAAAUUCACCCCCUUCAUCCUAAAGGAACCUCAGCUCAGGGGGGAGACCCCUACUAAGUAGCCACGCCUCUUCCUCUUUCUUCACGGGCAUUUCCUGUUGGACGCACACAUAGCCGAACUGGGUCUGUUUUUAGAUGGACUGCCAUACUUUUUCUCUUUUUCUUUUCGUUCGUUUUUUUCUUCCUGUGUGCGCGCACAGUAAACCCGCCCGGAGACUGAACUCACUAAUAACAAAAAGUCAUGUACAGAAAAACUCAUGUAUGAAACCUGUAUGUUAAUUAAUAAGACCUUAUGGAAUGUUGAUAAUGAUAAUUAAUGAAUAUUGAUAAACUUAAAGUGGUACUUCCUCAUGUCUGCUUUUCAAAUAGGAGUGGAGUGCACUUCACAAGUGUCUAGCUGGAGAU